UACACCAUGUCCAUUGCUCAAAAACGAAUUCAAGCCGUAAAACAACAUUUGACUCCAGAACAAGAACAUGCCAAGGCUGUCGAUCCUGUAGCCAGUAUGAAUGAAGAAAGAGCUAAGGCGGCUUUUGAUAUUCGUGCCUUGACUAUCUUGAUGGACGGCGGUGAGAAAGCAACGCUUUUAAAAGAAAAGAUUAUGCAAGAAUUGGAAAGAGACCCCCUUUUCAAAAUGGAUGAUAUCCACGAUAUAUCUAAAUCAGAGCUUCGUGAACGUACUAUGGAAAAAUUCAGUAGCAUGCUUCAUCAUCUUCAAAAUGAAUCGGUCGAAACCUUUAAAAAGCGUAUGGAGAUCGUUAGUUUGGUUGAUCCUGGUUUCUGGACCAGAUUUGGCGUACAUUACGGUUUAUUUGUUGGCGCUUUGCAGAGUAAUGCCACACCGGGUCAAUUAGGUUACUGGUUUGGAAAGGGAGCUCUUUCGCUAUCUUCGUUUGUGGGCUGCUUUGCUAUGACAGAACUAGGUCACGGCUCAAAUGUACCUGGCCUUGAAACCACUGCUACCUUUGAUGAGGCUUCCGACCAAUUCAUUAUCCAUACUCCUACCUUAACUGCUACCAAAUGGUGGAUAGGCGGUGCCGCUCACUCUGCUACACAUGCUGCGGUAUUUGCUCAAUUAAUUGUCAAAGGAAAGAUGCAUGGCACCAAAUGUUUUGUUGUGCCUUUGAGAGACCCUAAAACAUAUAAUACGUUACCCGGUAUUAACAUUGGUGAUAUCGGUAAAAAGAUGGGAAGAGAUGGUAUUGAUAAUGGCUGGAUCCAGUUUACAAGUGUUAGUAUUCCUCGUGCUUACAUGCUCCAAAAACACACCAAAGUCUCUCGUACUGGCCAAGUUCAAGAGCCCAAAAUGCAACAACUGACUUACGGUGCCCUGUUACAAGGUCGUGUGACAAUGGUAGCAGAUGGCUCAAAUGUUUCUAAAAAAGCACUAUCAAUUGCAAUCAGAUAUGCCGCUGUUCGUCGUCAAUUUUCCAGCUCUAAAACAGACAUCGAAACCAAAUUAUUGGAUUACCCAAUCCACCAACGUCGUCUAAUGCCUUUACUUGCACAGACAUUUGCAAUGUCUUUUACAGCAACAGAAAUGACAGACAUGUACAAUCUUAUGAUGACACGAUUAGAGGGCGCCAAGGAAGGGGAUGCGGAUAUUGAUGAGGUUAUGGAAAUAUUGAAAGAGACUCACUCCACCAGCGCCGGUCUCAAAGCCUUUUGUACCUGGAAUUGUUUGAGCACCAUUGAAGCAUGUCGCCAAGCUUGUGGUGGUCAUGGUUACUCUGCUUACACAGGAUUAUCCUCCAUGUACGCAGACUUUGCUGUCCAGUGUACCUGGGAAGGCGAUAAUACCAUCUUGACACUUCAGUUGGGUCGUUAUUUGAUCUCCAGUUACCGUGAUGCAUUAGGUGGUAAAAAGCUGUCUCCAGGUGUAGGUUAUUUAAACAAAUUAGAUGUGCUGAUUGGCAAGAAAUGUCAGGUGAAGCGCAUGGAAGACAUCUUGUCACCCGAAUUGAUUAUUGAAGGCUGGCAAGUGGUGUGUGCUAAUGUAGUUCGAAACGCCGGUAUCGAAUUUGACGCUUGUCUUAAGCAAGGCAUGGACGUAGAUGAUGCUUACGAACAUUGCUCACAAUCUCGCCUUUAUGCUGCCAAGCUUCAUUCAUUCAGUUACUUAUUCAACCGAUUUGCAGACGGUGUAUCUAAGGUUACAGGAUCACUCCACGAUGUUUUGAUCAAGGUCUGUCUAUUGUACGGACUCUACUCAAUUGAAGAAAACGCAGGUGCAUUCUUACAAUACGAGUACUUUAGUCCUGCACAGAUCGAGUUCAUUCGUAGCAGUGUAAACAUACUUUGUAAAGACGUGCGAGAACAGGCCAUUCCUUUGGUGGAUUCUUUCAAUUUAUCAGACUACAUGAUUAAUAGUCCUUUAGGACGCAAGGAUGGUAAUGUGUAUGUGCAUUACUUUGACCAGGUGAAACGGUCGAACCCUCAAACUCAACAUCCCUAUUUUGAUCGUCUUAUUAAACCAUUAAUCACACGGGAUGUGGGUGGCGAAGAAGACGAAGAAGAUGAAGAAGCAGGCUUGGAAGAUGAAGACGAUGAAGAUGAGGAUUAAGGAUAUAUAAACAAUGUUAUUUUUUGCCAAAUAAAUUAAGCUUUUGAUUAAAUU